AUGUUGACCCAGCAAGCGUGGGACGUUGCCAUGAGGCGGCGGUUCAACUUCAAGUUCACCAGUUCGAAACGCCCAUUUGUCUCUCCUCACCCCGAGCCGGUGGUGGAUGAGUCGAGAUACUACAAUUUUGACGAUACCCUGGCUCCCAUACGCCCUGGUUCGCCCCUGACAGACCGGCCGGUGAUUGAGCCUACGACGCUGGUGCACCUUCGACACUCCUGUAUAGUGCUCUACCACAAGGUCAAGCACCAAGAUCAGGAUCUCCGGCGUGCUCCCAUUCCUCAAUCGGAUCCGGUCUACUUCCAAAGCGAAUAUGAGCGUCGCAAAUUGGCCGCUCAUCCACCAGGUAGGCGGCCCAUGGGCUCUGUGGACGAAGCCAAUGCCAACAUCUCUGGACACAGUAUCCCAGCAGAGAGCGCAUCGUUCGCGCGUCCUAGACCACCGCUUGUUCUAACAGACUUGCACUCUUCCAACAUAUCACCUACUUCUGGUCCGGUGGCUCCGAACAGUGCCCGUAUCGUCACCGACCAGCCCUCCCCCAACAUGGACAUACGGCGGACGAUAUCCGCUCCCAUUCAUACAGAGGCUGGCGUCAUAGUGGAAGAAGACCCUUCGUUUCCGUAUACCUCCCAGAAUUGCCAGAUUCCCACCAUCAGCCAUGACACUGGCGUGCCCACUUCUCCAACCGGACCAGCAGCAGCCCCUAUCCCUUCUCUCCAAACUCGGCCGGAAGACGCAUCAUCUCCUUCAGGUGGUCACACGGAUGGCAGACAGGGCUACGCAGACAGUGAUACAGCGACGCUCACACCCACAGAAGCAGACAUUCGUCAACUUGAUGAAGCCACGCCUGGACCUAUCAGCCAGAGCAUGGGAUUGGUGCCCGUAGCCACACUGGCCUCCGUCGACAGAUCUUCCUCGAGCUCCUCAAACUCUUCUACGGAUGCCACCAACACCGCAGCAACUACAGUGACCACUACCAGCACAUCCACAGAUAUUACCACUGCAACGGCAACUUCUACGCCGCCCGCUACUGCUGCGUCUGCGACGACUGCUGCCAGUCAGUUGUCACGAGUACAAACUUUCGUUAAGAAGCUUUCUAAGCUCGGAUUCGGUAAAAAGAAAGCAUCCAGCACCAGCCGAAGAAAUGUGGGCUUGGGCAUGGUGGUUGAGGCUACCUGA